AUGGCCGGUGUUUUCCUCCCAUACCACGAACCUGGAAUUGUCGAAAUCCUCAUUCUCGUUUCUUUCUUCUUCUUCCUUUCCCUUGCAAGAUGGGUCUCCGCGACCGCAAUCCAGGCCGGAAUUAUAGGUCAAAUCGUCGUCGGCAUCAUCUACGGAGUACCCUUGGCCAACAUUCUUCAACAUCACUGGCAAGAGACCUUUGUCAGCCUUGGAUAUGUCGGGCUGAUUUUGAUCAUUUUCGAAGGCGGUCUUGGCGCCCGUGUGGACUUGCUUAAGCAGAACUUCACUUUGAGUAUGAUCAGCGCCGCAACUGGAGUUUUAUUCCCUAUUGGUAUUUCAUACCUUUUGCUCUUUCUUGGUUUUGGAUAUGGGACUACCUUUGCUGUGAUCAGCUCUACGUCCCACUCAGUCAACCUCGCCGAGACUCGAGUAGGGUCAGUUUUGGUGAGUGCGGCUGUUAUCGACGAUGUUGUAGGACUUGUUAUGUUAAGUGUGAUUGGAGAUUUGGGCAAACUUUCAGGAAGCGGCGAUAGCGUCAAUUUGGGAUGGCUCAUUGGGCGUCCAAUAGUGGCAUCGAUAGGCAUGGCGGCCGUAACGCCCAUCGUUACAAAAUGGGUCUUUGCGCCAUUUUUCCGUAAGUUCAUUGAACAUCGCUUUGCGCGCUACGACCAUAUCUCCAACAUCAUCCUCAUGACCCUUGUUCUUUCGGCUUUUAUAUCCAUCGCUGGCUUUACUGGUACAUCCGUCUUAUUUGGUGCCUUCCUGGCGGGUGUAUUUCUUACAUACAUACCGAGCAAGCACCCCGAGGGACCGUUUGUUGUCCUGAGCCGCGAGGAGGGCGAGCGUGAGGCGGAUAAAAGCCCCACUUUCAUUCAUACCUUUGAGAAAUACUUGUUAGGGCCCCAGCAGUAUUUGAUGGAACCAUUGUUCUUCUCAAGUAUCGGAUUCGCGAUUCCGUUUGUGAAGCUGUGGACCGGGGAACGCAUUUGGAAAGGGAUUGUUUUCACCCUCCUGAUGACGUUUGCAAAGUUUAUCGUCGGAAUCUGGAUACCCGUAUGGCAACUCACUUUGGGGGUAAAAUCUCAUGAAGAGUCACCCGAAGAGCACAAAACACAGGGGAAACCAAAAGUCGAGAAAAAGAUCCCAAGCGUUGAACAAAGCGAUCAGGAGAAGGGGAAGAUGUGGAAACGGGCCUGGCUGGCCGCAACACUUCUAGGAUCUGCUAUGGUAGCACGCGGUGAGAUUGGGCUCCUGAUAAUUGAAAUCGGACAUAACGAAACUCCGUACGUUAGUGAUGAAGGUUUCUACACUGGCGUCUGGGCGAUUCUUUUGAACACCAUCAUUGGCCCAGUUAGCGUUGGUCUCCUUGUUCGAUUCUACGUGCACGAGCUCAAGGGGGUGAUUGGGGAAUGCAGCGUACUCCUCUGGCUAACCCGGGCCAUGAAUGUGGAAGUGCUAUGA